CCCCCUCAAGAACAAUGGCAUGUCCAAUCUUUUUCUAUCUGUAAUCACUUCUUUCCUCUGUUGCGUAUUACAGUUAAAUGUCAAGAUAAAGGUGUCGUAUUUUGCUCGCACAACAAACGGGCGAAUCGAAAUGUAAUUAGUGUACAUAUAUUGUUGGAACAAAUUUUCAAUGAAAAUAACAAUGGCAUGGACACAGGUCAAAGAACAGCUAGGAGUAGCUAUCCAUACUUUUAUACAUGGAAAUCCUCAUGCAUUAAGAUUAACUGUUGGAGAAAUAGUAUAUAUAUUAGAAGAAUGUGGAGAUUGGUAUUAUGGACGCAAUAAAUUUAGAGGAACAUAUGGAAUGUUUCCAAAAUCUUACAUACAUGUUCUGCAACAAUCAGCUAAUAUGGAUUGUUUGAUACAUGAAAUUACAAACGUCUUAAGAGAAUGGGGACACCAUUGGAAACAUUUAUAUGUGAUUCAUUCAGAACAUUUUAGAACAAUGCAACAACAAAUUCUAGAAUUAAUAGGAUAUAGAAGUAAAAUUUUAAGUGGCACAUUGACAGUGGAUGAAUUAAAAGAUAUGAAAAGAUUAGCCACAGCUAAAAUUGAUACUGGUAAUCAGUUGUUAGGAAUGGAUAUGGUUGUUCGUGAUGAUCAUGGAAAUGUUCUUAACCCUGAAGAGACAAGUACAGUUCAAUUAUAUUAUCACCAUGAAACAGCUGCAGAAAGAAUAAGAAAGGCAGCUAAUGACACGAAGAAAAAGCCUUCUAAACCACAAGCACCUGUAUAUUCACAUAUAUUUUUUGUUAGUGUGAGAAAUUUUGUAUGUAAAAUAGCAGAGGAUGUUGAAUUAUUAUUAACUUUAUAUGAUGGUCGUGAAAUGAAAGCAAUUACUGAAAAUUACGUGGUGUCAUGGAGUAAGGAAGGACUUGCCAAAGACGUAGAUCAACUUCACAAUCUUCGUGUUUUAUUUACAGACCUUGGCUCUAGAGAUUUAGCCAGAGAUAAAGUUUAUUUAGCUUGUUAUGUUAUUAGGAUAGGAGGUAUGGAAGCUAAAGAUAUUGAUCACCGGCGUUCAAGCGUUGCACAAACAAAUAAAAAAAUUAAAAACACUGAAAAUAUGCGGAGACCAUUUGGUGUAGCAGCAAUGGAUAUUACUUUAUAUAUUGCUGGUAAACUUGAAGGUGACUCAGAUCACCAUCACUUUAUUCCAUUUGUACAAUGUUGUGAGAAAGAAAGUUUAGAUGGCACAUUACGUAGAAUUCUUUCCCAAAAAGAGACAAAUAUUCAAAAAAGUAAUAAUGGUAAUAGUGGCAGCUUUGGAGGUGGUCAGGGAUUAUGGGCUAGCUUGAAGUUGCUUAGAGGAGAUCCUAAACAAGUACGAGAUGAAAACCCCCAUUUAGUACUUGGUAAUGUUGCAAUUGCAAGAAAAAUGGGAUUCCCAGAAGUUAUUUUGCCAGGUGAUGUGAGAAAUGAUUUAUACCUGACAUUAAUUAGUGGUGAAUUUAAUAAAGGAUCAAAGUCCACGGAUAAAAAUGUCGAAGUUACGGUUAAAGUAUGUAACGAAUGCGGUGUACCAAUACCAGGAGUUAUGACACUGGGUGGUGGAACUUCACCCAUCGACGAAUAUCAUAGUGUUAUUUAUUAUCAUGAAGAUAAACCUAGAUGGUGUGAAACUUUCAAAAUUGCUGUACCUAUUGAAGAAUUUAAACAGGCUCAUUUGAAAUUUACGUUUAAACAUCGCAGUUCAAAUGAAGCAAAAGAUAAAUCUGAAAAACCUUUUGCCUUAAGUUAUGUAAAAUUAAUGCAACGUAAUGGAACAACAUUACAAGAUAUACAACAUGAGUUAUUAGUCUAUAAGUUAGACCAAAAAAAGUAUGAGGAAACUGAUAUUUCAUAUUUGAAACUGCCAUCAACGAGGGGUGAAUUGGUUGAACUAAAUGUUGAAAAAAAGCCAACAUUAGGAUCUUUUACUUUAAGUAGUAAAGAUAGUUUUUUGAUAGCAACUAAUAUUUGUUCAACAAAAUUAACACAAAAUGUAGAUUUGUUAGGUUUGUUGAACUGGGCAUCACAUAAUACUGACUUAAAAGAAUCUUUAGCUGCCUUGAUGAAGGUUGAUGGUGAAGAAGUAGUAAAGUUUUUACAGGACGUUUUAGAUGCCUUAUUUAAUAUACUAAUGAGUAAUUCAGACAGUGAUGUUUAUGAUGAUAUGGUAUUUGAAUGUUUGCUCUAUAUUAUUGGUUUAGUGUCUGAUAGAAAAUAUCAACACUUCCAACCAGUAUUGGAUUUAUAUAUUUCUGAAAGUUUCUCUGCAACACUAGCGUAUAAAAAAUUAAUAGCAGUAUUACGUAAACGCAUAGAUAAUGCAACUAAUAAUGAUGGGCAAGAACGUGAUAUACUUCUUAAAACAAUGAAAAGCCUUCAGUAUUGUAUGAGAUUUGUUGUAGAAUCUCGUCUUUUAUUCACUGAGUUAAAUCAAGAUGAAGAAGAAUUUUCUCAAACGUUAACAGAAUUAUUAAAAUCUAUUGUUGAACUUAUGAGACAUGAAACGGAUAGUACUUUAUUGGUUCAAGGAGCAUGCCUUAAAUAUUUACCAACUACUAUACCUCAUUUAUUACGAGUCUAUAGUGGCAAACAAUUGAGUACAAUUUUGACUGACUUAUUAAUUACUUUGCCAUCAGGAAGAUUGACUAAACAGAAAAUGAUGACAGUAAACGAUAUUGUUCACAGUCCUCUUUUUCUGAAUGCAGAAUGUAGAGCAAUUUUAUUACCUCGAAUUACUAUUUUGGUUCGAGAUUUAUUGGAAGCUAAAGAAGAGGGGCUCUCAAGUACGCCUGGAAAAAGCGUGGCGAAGGUAGCCAGGCUGCUCGGCGAAAAUCGGCAUCGGCUCAACCAACACCGCGGCUACUCUGAAGAGGUAGAAUUGUGUGUCAAGAUAUUAUCUGACAUCCUGGAAUUAACAUUUAGAAAAGAUAUAGGAAAUACAGUACAGGAUGUAAAGGAAAUUAUGCUCACUGCCUUGAGAACUAUUAUACAAACUGUUAUAUCAAUGGACAGAGAAAAUCCGCUAGUAGGAAAUUUAGUUUCAGUUAUGUUAGCAAUAUUCAGACAAAUGACACAACAACAUUAUGAAAUUUAUAUACAUCAUUUUAGAACUAAAUUUGAUUUGCUUGAUUUCCUUAUGGAAAUAUUAUUAGUGUUCAAAGAUUUAGUGUCAAAAAGCGUGUUUCCAGGAGAUUGGUGUGAAAUGAUUAUGCUUCAAAAUAGUAUUAUUUUAAAAUCAUUACGUUACUUCUCGGGCACUAUCAGGGAUUAUUUCUUUACCGAGUUUGAACAGCAAGCUUGGUCUAACUUUUUUCAUUGUGCAAUUGCAUUCCUGACACAACCAGCUUUACAAUUGGAGAUAUUUACGCCAUCAAAGCGUAAUCGUAUUGUUUCUCGUUACAAUGAUAUGCGCAGAGAAACUGCGUUUGAAAUACGGUCAAUGUGGUUUAAUUUGGGACAACAUAAAAUAUUGUUUGUUCCUUCUCUGGUUGGAGCAAUAUUAGAAAUGGCACUAAUUCCAGAGAGUGAAUUAAGAAAAGCAACCAUUCCUAUAUUUUUUGACAUGAUGCAAUGUGAAUUUUAUAGCUCGCGUAUCACUGAAGGAUAUGGUGAUACAAAAAGAGAUCCUGCUCAUAUAAAAGCUAAUUUUAUAGAAUAUGAAAACGAAAUGAUCGCGAAAUUGGAUAUUUUGGUUGAGGGAGGAAGAGGAGACGAACAAUUUCGUUCACUUUGGAUUCAAGUAAUGGGUAAUCUAUGUGAAAAGCACUCAACUAUGCGGGAACAAGGAUUACGCUUUGUUGAUACCGUAGCUAAACUCAUGGAACGUUUAUUACAAUAUCGCGAUAUUAUUCAUGCUGAAUCACAGGAACACAGAAUGUUAUGUAUCGUGAACUUAUUAGAAUUUUAUUCUGAAAUAAACAGGGAAGAAAUGUAUAUUAGAUACGUAAACAAACUGUGUGAGCUACAUUUAGAAUGUGACAAUUACACUGAAGCAGCAUACUCCUUGAAAUUACAUAGUCAAUUAUUAGCCUGGAGUGAUCAACCGUUGCCACCGCUCUUAAAAUCACACAGAUAUUUAUCAUGCCAAACGCAUCGCGAAUUAAAAGAAGCAUUGUACAAUGAUAUGAUUGAAUAUUUUGACAAAGGUAAAAUGUGGGAAUGCGCGCUCGCAGUCUGUAAAGAAUUAGUUGCACAAUACGAAGAAGAAACUUUUGAUUAUUUACAACUUUCAACGUUAUUAAGACGCAUGGCUAAAUUUUAUGACUCUAUAAUAAAACAAUUAAGACCUGAACCUGAAUAUUUUAAAGUUGCCUAUUAUGGUCGAGGACAUCCAGCAUUUUUGCAAAAUAAGAUAUUUAUUUAUCGUGGCAAAGAAUAUGAACGCCUUAGUGAUUUUUGUUCACGAACUUUAAAUCAAUUACCAAAUGCAGAACAAAUGAAUAAGUUGUCUCCUCCUACUCCAGAAAUAUUGGAAUCCAAUAAUCAAUAUGUUCAAAUUAACAAGGUAGAUCCAUUAAUGGACGAGAAGAGGCAUCGGUUUAGCGGAAAGCCUAUAACAGCAGAAGCAGUAUUAAGGUAUCAUCGAGUGAAUGAUGUACAACGUUUUCGGUUUUCAAGACCAGCACCAAAGAAAGAUAUAAACAUUGCUGUUGGAAAUUCUACUAACAAAGAAAAAGAAACAAAUGUCGUUAACAAUAAUGAAUUUGCUUCAUUGUGGCUAGAAAGAACAGUACUUGUUACAAGUCAUCCUUUACCAGGCAUUCUCAGAUGUUUUCCUGUCACAUCCAGUGAAACUUACUUAGUCAGUCCUCUUCGUAAUGCGAUUGAAACGAUGGAAGCUACAAAUACUGCAUUAAGAGAUUUGAUUAUAGCACACAAAGCUGAUAAUAGUCUUCAAUUACAUCCACUUAGUAUGAAACUCAAUGGUAUACUGGACCCUGCGGUAAUGGGCGGUAUCGACAAUUAUGAGAAAGCAUUUCUCAAUGUCGAAUACCGAACUUCUCAUCCCGAAGAGAGUUCUGAUCUUUUAAAGUUAGAAGGAUUGAUUGCUGAACAAAUUCCAUUGUUAGGUAUCGGCGUUCAGUUACAUAAAGCACGUGCUCCUCCUGAUUUGACUCCGUUUCACCAACGUUUAGAACAAUGUUUUACAUCAUUGAAAAAUCAUGUUGAGGCAAAAUAUGGGAAAAGGACAUGUGAUUUACAAAUUGAGACUUUAACUCAUACUGUAACAAUGCGAAGAACACAAGCUUCGAGAGGCGAUAAUCAUCGUUUAUCGGAGUCAAAUAUAACGAAUUCAGACUGUGGAACUCACUCCAGGGUAUCCUCUCUUACGAGAUCCCAAGUUGCAACAUUCAAGUCGCUCGCAUCAUUCAAUUUUAACAACAAUACACCCUCAUCUGGUACUCAAAACAUCAGUUUAUCAAGGAACGCUUCGAUACGGUCACAUAUCCUAUCAACAGCAUCUCUACAAAAAGCAUUAGCAAGCUCAAGUCCAGGGACGAAUAAGAAGAAGGAUUCGAAACGAAGAAAUUCACGAAAAAGUGAUUCAGCUGCGUCUACAAAAAGUGAUCAACCAACAAGUCAGUGGUAUACUACAACAGAUUUACCACAAACCACAUCGACUCCUGUUAUUCCGUUAAUGUCCAGUUAUCCUAGUACUCCAGUAUUUGAACUCCGUCAAGAGCUAACACCAAAGCGUCCUUUAAGAUCAGAAGUAGAGAAAGAAAGAAGAAUAAGUAACCGUUUAUCUGGGCAAUCUCAACAUUAUUUAAGAAAUAUAAAUAAUGGAAUAGAUUCAAAUAGUUUAGGAAAAGGGAACAGAGAUAGUAUUGGUACUACAGAUAGUACAGCGUCUGAAGAUGAUCUACCACCACCUUUACCUGUGAAAACACGCGAAGCUGAUUAUUGUAACCUGCCAGAGGAAUUAUCUGCUAACUAUUGUGGAACGGGAAGUAUAAAUAGUUUAAACCGAUCUUUAGGACAGUGGUCAAAAAGCAAACUUCCAACUCCUACAGACGAUCUUGACGUUCAAACGAAGCCGCCAACACCACCACCUAAACCAAAAAGACCACCUUAUAGCUUAAAUAAACUCUUGCUUUCUUCUGAUAUAGACAAGUUUAGUCAAGAUCCGUCCGUAACUUGAUCUAAAUUAUUUUAUGAUCAUUUGUCUUGCCAGUACGUUGAAAGCUGCAUAUAAUAAUAUUUAUAUAUAACAUUCACUUUACAAUAGGAAGUUAGAAAGUUACCAUCCCUUUGUACCUUUUUUGUAUAAGCAGAAUAAUAUGUACUAAUGCUAAACAAACACCAACAAGUUGGGUAACACAUUUGUGUUAAAAUUGCAUGAAUAAUGUGUUCACUCAAUUGUGAUGUUACUCAGCUUAUCUAUACUAUAUAUUAUAAUCUAUACACUAAUAAUAUUAUAACAUUUGCCUUUAGUCCAUCCAGUGGAGAAAUGGAUAAGCGAUAUAUAUCAUUAAUGGACUGGUGAUAAAAGUAUAAACAUAUUUUUAAAAAUUUACAAUUUUUAUAUAUUUAACCAGAAAUACGUUUUUAUCGCAAAUUUUUUUAUAAACUCAUUUAUAAAAUAUAAAUUUGAGAUUUCUUCGUAUAUACAAGCAUCAAUUAAUAUACUGUAAGCAUAUGUAAAUCACAAUAUCAUUCACAUUGAAAUUUUUAAUUCAUUAAGGAUUUUACUCCCUCUCUAUGAGACGCACAUAUAAAGUAUGCAUAAUAUACAUAGUAAAGAGUUAAUAUCAUAGUUUUAAUCAUACUUCUAUAGAUUUUUAUAUUACAUGUUUAUAUAAUUUUCCUAUAUAAUAAUUUUUAACAAAUUGUUAUUGUUGCUGUUGCUAUUUCUUAUAUUAAUCGAAAAAUUUAGAAACCUGCUUCUGGAUUUCAAAUACUUGUCCAGCAUCUGCUUUUGAUUGUUGGUUUUGAACUACAUAUUUAAUUUUAUUUUUCAUAAAGUAAUAUCAUCAAUGUUUAAUUAUUAUCCAAGCAUUACCAAUGUAUUGUGAUUUAAUAUAUUAAGGAAGGAUUUGUUUUAUAUAGCAGUUGACCUAGAGAUACCUAUAGACUUAUAAAAUGUUAAAUUAUUUGAAGAUUGGAAAUAAUUUUAUAUAAGUUUAAAGCAUAAUCGAAUCAUCAGUUGCAUAUUUGAUAUAUAGUAAAAUAAUGUAUACAUCAGUGACUUUAUAUUGCAUUUUAUAUCGGUAUAUACACCAUGACAUUAUUUUACAAUGAAACAAAUUUUAAUGUAUUAUUACAAAUUUAUAUAAAUUUAUUAUAAAACAUUACAUCAAUAAUAACACCAUUACAUUUUUAGUAUAUUUAAUAUAUGUAUAACAAAUUUAUAGUAUCAAAUCAAACAAAAUAUUAUAUAUCACUUUUUUCGCAAUCAUCACAUGAGUCUCAUACCAAAGAGAUUAGUGCUUUAUUUAUUUUAUUUACUUAGUAAGUUGUAUGUAUCAUUUAAGAAAUGUUAUAUAACAUAUAUUUCUAACAAAGAAAAGCAAACAAAAUCAAUCAUUUUUUUGUUCUUUUUAUUAAUAAUGAAUGGAACAUAAUUAUACACAUAUAGUUUUAGUUCGCUCUUUAAAUUUUACAGUUGAUAAAAAAAACAAAGUAUGUAGUGAAUAUUUAAUGUGCCAUUUGUUUCUUUUCCAAUGUUUAUAAAAAUUAUUGCAUUUAACUUACGGAUUACUGUAAUAACGUUAAAUGUCAAAAUUGGAAUUUAUUCGAUGUUGUAUACAAUACAUAGUUAUUUCUGUACACAUUUUAUUAUUUAUUUACUAAUGCAAUUCUGUACCUUUUCGCUUUUAUAUUUAAUAUAUUAAGAUAUCAUAUAUUUAUAAUAAAAAAGUUAUGUUGUCGCAUA